AUGGAAGACGCUGCAGCUCCCGGUAAAGCCUACGAGGAGGCUAGGGCCGAGGCAGGUGCGGAGGCGGUGGGGGAGGGUGUGUCUGGUCCUAAUAUUUUGGGGUACCAGGCCUCCGGGGUGUCUGCGGCAGCCUCCCCAGCACCUCUCCAUGAGGCUGGGGUCCUGGACCCGCUUCUAGAGGCUCCCGGACCAGCCCAGCUCCGCUCCGGGCAAGCCCAGGCCCAAGGGGGCGUGGCCAGGCCUAGUUCACUUCCUGAGCACAGUGGAGGCAGCUGGACCAAGCAAAUCAUCUGCAGGUACUAUCUACAUGGUCAGUGCAAAGAGGGGGAGAACUGUCGCUACUCCCACGACCUCUCUAGGCGGCAGAAGGCCAGGGAGAGCCGUAAGUCGCCACCUCGGGCCUCUGCAGACAGAGGACCCAGUGCGGCUGCGCAGAGUGAGCCCCUGGCUCAGGAAAUGGCGGAAGUCCCGCCUGCUGCAUCCUCAACCUUGCCUCUGAUUGGCUCAGCUGUUGUCAGGGGUUUCUUUGACGCUGCGGCCGACAAUGCAGGCCUUGAAGCUGCGGGAGGCGCAGGUGCAGAAGGCUGGGUGGGGGCAAUUGAGUUUGUUCCCGGACAGCCCUAUCGAGGUCGCAUGGUCCCUUCGAGUGGUCCUGAGGCUCCUGUACAGAGCUCGGUGACUGAGAGGGAGCAGAUGGCCGUGGGCAUGGGGAUGCCGCUUUGCCGCUAUGCUGCCAGGGGCCAAUGCGUUCGUGGGGAGAGCUGUACAUACCUCCACGGAGAUAUAUGCGACAUGUGUGGGCUGCAGGCCUUGCACCCUACGAAUGCGCUCCAGAGGGAAGCCCAUGUAAGGGCCUGCGUUGACGCACACGAGAGAGAUAUGGAGCUCUCAUUUGCUGUGCAGCGCAGUAUGGACAAAGUGUGUGGCAUCUGCAUGGAGGUUGUGUAUGAGAAAGCCGACCCCAGGGAUCGCCGCUUUGGCAUCCUUUUCCGCUGUAAUCACACCUAUUGUCUCAGGUGCAUCCGCACUUGGAGAAGUGGCACACAGUUUGAGAACAGGAUCAGUAAAUCCUGCCCGCAGUGCAGGGUCUCCUCCGGCUUUGUCAUUCCUAGUGAGUUCUGGGUGGAGGGGGUGGAAGAGAAGGAGAAGCUUAUUCAGCAAUAUAAGGACGGAAUGAGAAACAAAGCGUGCAGGUAUUUUGCUGAAGGCAGGGGUCGCUGCCCAUUUGGACAGUUCUGCUUUUACAAGCAUGCAUACCCUGAGGGCUGGGGACGCCCAAGGCCAGGUGGUGGUGGUGGAGGACCAUCCAGCAUAUACUGGCAUCAAGUCGUGGAGCCUGUGCAAUUGCGCCAGGGCAGCGUGCUUUUUAAACGCCGCAGAAAGGAGCUUGCCACGCUUCGCCUGGCCCUUCUGUUGUUUAAGAAGUUUCUUUCCCUGAGAGAUGAUACCGUCUUCUCUGAUGAUCAGUUGCUCUUGCUUCAUUACCUGCUGGAAGACUAUUUCACUUUGAAUCUGUAACUUCGAGCUGUGGCAUGUGAUCUAGUCUCCUGAGGCUUUGUCUUCUGCUGUUGCCUGUUUUCUCUUUAUUGACUGACAA